GAGGACCGGGCAGCAGAGCCUGUGUGAAGGUUUGACGGAAUUCUUUCGGCUUUGCAAUGGGACUGUGGCUACUGCAGGCCGCCUGUUUGGUGACCUCUCUCCUUAAAUGCGCAGGGGCCGUGAGGGUGACCAUGAGGCAGCACAGCCUGGACGUUGUCCAGGGUGACUCCGUCAUGCUACCAUGCUCCUUCUUCACCAUGAGUCCGCUCUCCCGCCUCAACAUAGUGUGGACCAAGACUCCUCUCUCUGACCCCCGGUCCCCAUCGCAGGUAAUAGUGUACGAUCACGGGCAGGCGAUCGAGAGCCCUGUCCUGAUGGGCCGGGUUGCUUUCCUGGACGUGCCUUGGAGGGCUGACAUCAUCCUGAACGGCACGCACACCUCCGACGCUGGGAUGUACCGCUGCGUGGUCAGCAACCCCCCCGAGGCAGGGGGGCCCGGUGUCGGCGAAGUCACGCUCAGCGUCUUCGCACCCCCGUCUCUGCCCCUGUGCCUCUGGGAGGGGGACGCUAGUGCGGGGGGGAGCGUCACACUCUCCUGUGCGGUGCAGGAGGCUGUCCCCGUGCCCGAGAUGCGAUGGGAGAAGCUGGAGCCCGAAGAGAUGUCACUGCCCAUUAAUAUGGACGGCACCCUUAAAGGGACGCUGUCCAUCGAGAAUGUUUCUUCUCAGAAUUCAGGACUGUACCGCUGCACUGUGUCCAACACCCUGGGGACUCAGUGCUGCUACAUCAGGCUGCAUGUGUACAGCUCUCUAGGACCUUCUCCCGGCGUCCUGCAGGGGGCACUGCUCUCCCUGACCAUGACCCUGGUGCUACUCGCUCUCUCAGCCCUGCUCUUGUGGCUCCGUCACUCUGUGAGGAUGAGCUGGUGGCAGGGAGAGGAAGAUGGGUGUUAUAACAAGAUCAGGUACACCCCCAGCCUCAUCCGCCGCACCUUCGUGUGAUCAGCUGUAGGUGGCGCUGUCACCAAGGAGCUCUGUAGCGGCACCUGUCACUGAAGCCCACUUCAUCCUCACUGGCCACGGGCUGGACUACCGCUGCUGAAUUCUAUGAUCUCUAUGCACAGAUGCUUUUCCCCCCGCCUGCUUCAGCACUGAAACGCGUCCUGCUAGACAAACUGCGCCUCCUGAUUCUCUGCUGCAGAAUUAUUGUGGUACUGAAAGGGAGGUUUUACGUGUGUCUACCCGUCUACAGCCUGCGUUCACACCGUCGUCACCUUUAGGGAACAAAUCCAUGAGAUGAAUAAAAUAUGCU